AUGUCUCCGUCCUUCGUGGAUCUCCUCCCCGUCUCCGAGGAACGUCUGCCAGGCUUCGCCGUGGCCGUUUUCUUGCUCUAUCUGUCGCUUCGCUCCCUUUUCAAUGUGGACCGUGUACUCGCCAAGCUCUGGCCGUCGCUAGUGCUGCUCUUUUCCUACUACCGCUACCGACUGGUCAUCACUAGCUUUUCCUCCUCUUUGUUGCUCAAGCUUUGGACUACAGCACAUGAGCACAGUCCUAUAAUUGAAGCUGUCCUGAGUGACACACUCGCCCUGGUCUUGGCUGUCUCAGCGUUCUCCUCAGUCGUAGAGACCGUGCGCCGUUUGCGCUACGUAUCCCGUAAGAAGCUUCUAAAUGUCGUGGGAGGGGCACUGCAUGAUGUUUUCAAGCAGCUUCCUAUUGUGUCCACUAAAAUAUCAGCAGAGAUGAAGAAGAUUGAAGAAGAGGUGGAGCACUCGCUCAAAGGCAACAAUCCACUUGGUGACAAGAUGGAGAAGUUUUACACUCUCCCAGAGAAGGGAAUGGGCGACGAGAAACUGCUGGAUCUCAUGAAGAAUCUGGCAGGCAAUGAUGACGACAAGUGGAAAGAAGGACUUGUGUCUGGAGCGGUGUACCAUGGAGAGAAGGAGCAUUUAGACGUGCUGAAUAAAGCCUACGCUCUAUUUGCAGUAUCUAACCCACUUCAUGCCGACUUGUGGCCAGCGGUGAAUAAGUUUGAAGCAGAGGUGAUUUCUAUGACGGCGGGGCUGAUGAAUGGAGGCCACUCGGAGGUAUGUGGCACACUCAGUUCCGGCGGUACAGAGAGUAUCUUUCUUGCGUCUAAGGCACAUCGCGAAUACUACCGCCACAAACACGGGAUUACUAAGCCAGAGAUUAUUGCUUGUGUCACGGCCCAUGCUGCUAUUGACAAGGCCUGUGAGAUCUUGGGAAUUAAGCUGAUUAAGGUGCCAAUGGACCCUAAAACGCUCAAGAUCGACUUAGACGCAGUGCGCUGGAGCAUUUCGUCCAACACAAUUUUGCUCUACAGUAGCGCACCAAACUUUCCACAUGGGAUGAUCGACGAUAUUGAAGCACUCUCGAAGCUUGCUGUUCAGAAUGAUGUCGGGCUCCACGUUGACUGCUGUCUUGGUGGAUUUGUGCUGCCUUUCGCACGCAAAUUGCGCCAGGAUAUCCCUGUCUUCGAUUUUUCACUGCCAGGAGUGACCAGCAUGUCGUGCGAUACACAUAAGUACGGCUACGGCUCAAAAGGGACGUCUGUGGUGUUGUACAAGAACUCCACAAUUCGGCGAUUUCAGUACUUUACGUACCCAGAUUGGACGGGCGGACUCUACGUGACACCUACUCUUGCAGGUAGCCGUCCCGGUGCACUGAGCGCUGCAGCUUGGGCUUCGAUGGUACGUCUUGGUUACGAAGGCUACCUUGAAAAAACCAAGGGCAUUUUGGACACGGUGGACGAGAUAAAGGCGGGCAUCCAGCGUAUUGAUGGUAUCCACGUACUGGGUGAUCCAAAAGCGAUGGUGGUGAGUUUCGCUGGCGACAAGGGAGUAAAUGCCCUUAAGGUUAGCGACGCGAUGGCGAAGCAUGGAUGGAGUCUUAAUCCGCUACAGCACCCGAUAUCUGUGCACUUGUGCGUUACUGUUCGCCACAUUGGUAAGGCGAAGAAGUUUUUGGACGCACUUGAGGCAGCCGUGAACCUCGUAAAGGAAGACCUUAACCCGUCACCAGAAGGUGGCAGUGCCAUCUAUGGCAUGGCCUCGAGCUUGCCAGCUGGGCCUGUGGAAGAUCUUCUGCGUAUCUACACGGAUAUCACGCUAAAGGUUUAG